AUGAGGUCAAUGAUAUCGACCCAACUACCAACAAUAAUCGUUUUCCUUGCACUCUCUGCAAUCUUGUCACCGGUCCCGGCACAAAAAUGUAUAGAUCAACCUAACCCCUUUAAACCUUAUGAUUUUACUCGCGUAGACUGUAAACUUGUGACCGAACGAAGUGUUGCCAAAAGAGACAAUUAUGUCAAUGAUACCACGACAACGAACAUGUUCGAAAUCGCAGAGUUCCAUUGUACCGGUAACAACACGGCUUUGUGUGACAACAUGAAGAAAUCGUUUGAGACCGCCGGACAGAUGAUCUCACAAGUCUUUUGUCUGAAAACUCCGAUAAAGUUGAAUGUCUCUUGCUUGGAUUUUUGUAACGGUCUGAGUGAUUGCUCUGAUGAAAGAUUCAUUGAUUUGGGUUUUGCCAGACCGGUGAGAAGUAUGCUGAUGCAAGACGACGACGGUGUCACCAGAUUCUACCCUCAGGCCCUCGUGAAACAAUAUCAAAUGCAGACCCAUCCAGAGUUUACGUCUAUCGACAUCACGGCCACGUUUAAUACUCAAGUAAAAUGGUGGUUUCGCCAAGACCAAAGGCAAAUCGGAGAGAAAGAAUUUGAUUUUUUGACCGUAUGUUUGCAUGAAUUAUUUCACGGAUUAGGUUUUCAAAGUUACUGGAGUGAUUGGCUGAACCCUUCCAACGCCUCUGAAGCCCUCACACCAUAUCCAAUAAUUUCACUUGACCCCAAAGGAAGUGGACUAGUAAUUUUCGACGGAUUCCACGAGCACGGUUUUGACAAAUAUUUAAUCACACUACCUUCUGGUCAACGCGUCUCAGACUUCAAUAAGCAGUUAAACAAAUUUGCCGGUGGACCUGGAGCCAAAUUCGCAAAUGUUACAGACUUCAUAUCACAAUUCCGCGCAUCGCCUCAAUACGAGAUAGCCAAGGAAAUGCUCAAGAAAGCCAUAAUCGCUGACGACCUUGGUUUUUUACCGCAGGGCGUUUCGAACGUGAGUGACUGUGCUAUAAUGGAGACUAGCAUAAACCCUUAUGCUCUCGGAUCCAACUUAGAACAUCUAUCCGAAAAACACUAUGCGAAUUCGAGUGAUUUCCUGAUGGUAUUUAGGUACAAAACCAAUCAAACUUUGGAAGAUCAGGAAAAAAGGUCUGGGAACCUUUGUUUUGGUGCCAUCGGACCGAAGCUGAGAUUAAUUAUGCAAACACUUGGAUACUGCACGUCUAACAAUUCAGCUCCCUACCAACCAACACUUCCUCCUUUUGACCCACUGGCUGGGCCCCUCGGCGGUUGA